GCAGGCAGAAGACCAGCAGAAGACCAAAAAGGAAAAGCAACCCUCUCUCUCCUUCCUCCGCAACGACUCGGGGUGUCAUUUCAUUUGUGGUCAGCUCAUUACACGGUGAAGACGCAACCCUUGACUUGAGCCUCAAGUCAUUAGCAAUCCGAGACCUUCUUAGCAUUUACUCAUUUAUCAUUCGAAAGACGGCUCUUUUGGUGUGGUGACAAUUUUGGAAAGUUUCCUCAGAAAGCAGAAACAUCAUUAGCCUGACUAUAUUAUAGUAAAAUUACUUGUCCAUUCCACUAUGGCGUCUUCCUCAUCACUGCCCCCAGCCCGAUUCAACAUCCUGGGUCACAUGAUGCAAAUGAAUCCUGCUGCCCUGCUGUCCAGGCCGCCUCACUUGUCAUCAACCCCACGCGUACCUGUGUCUUCGUCAUCUUCAGAGGAAGAUGAGAGUCCAUUGGAUUUUUCCAAUAAGGCGAAAUUCUCCACUAUUAAUAACGAAAACAUCCCUUCUCCAGUCGACGUGGAUGAGGACGAACAUGAAGUCGAUGUGGAUAUCGAUGUCGUAGAGAAUAAUGAGCAAUGCUCUCAAAGACUCAGAUCCGCCCUCAGUAUGAAGUCACCCUCUACAAUUUUGAACUUGUCCUCCGUCACCACCAAAGAAGAGUCACCCAUGUCACAAUGCAGCAGCCGUUCUUGGUCAAGAGCAAGUUCCCCACUGUCUCCAUCCCCAGUGGGAGGAGAAGAGCGACAAUUUCAUCAGCAACAACAGCAGCCGGCGACAACUACAACGACUACGCUACCCAUGGGUCCAUUUGUUGGGGGUAACAAUGGAUAUCCACUCUCAUUCUCACCCUGGGGUGUGCCUGGGUUUCCCACAAAUUUGAGUCCAGGUAAUGGACUGGAGCAGAAACAGCAACAAUUUCACCAACAACAUGAAUUAUUGAGAGAGUUCCAGCAACAGCAAACAAGUCCAAAUUUUGGGGUCAGUGCCACGCAACCCCAACAACAACAGCAGCAGCAGCAAAGCACAGUAUCUGGGUCUUCUGGUGGCAAAGUUAGGGCGACGAGGCCGUUCAAGGCAUACCCUAAGGAUGUCAUGUCUUUUCCUACCGUCGGUAUGUAUGGGGUGCCCCUUGGUUCUACCCCAACUGGAUCCGAAGCCUUACUUCAUCAACAGUCACACCAGGCUUACACCGAAUUUCGCAAGCAAAUGUUAGCCUCGUCACAAUUGGGUCGAGGUCGUAGGGUAAGCAGUUCUAUGAAGAGUGGAUCGAGUGAGGAGGGUCACAGUUUUGGCAGCAUGUCCGUUGAACCACUUAUCCAGGACGAUCCACUUUCCAAUUCUAACAAACGGAUCAGUAGUGGGAGUAGUGGUUCCGUCAUCAUAGGAGAUGCAAUUGGGGGAAAGAGCGAACAGCAGAUGAAAGAUGAGGCCUACUGGGAACGCCGGAGAAAAAAUAACGAGGCUGCCAAACGAAGUCGAGAUGCUCGUCGCGCAAAAGAGGAUGAGAUUGCUAUCCGUGCCGCAUUUUUAGAACAAGAAAAUCUUAAACUGCGCUUUGAAGUUUGUGCCCUCAAGAGUGAAGCCGCAAAAUUGAGGUGUAUGCUUUAUUCUACAUAAAAAGCAAACUACAUUCAUAACUUCCUACAUACUUAAUUACAUAUAAUGGAUCCGUCCCCGAGCUAGAUACAACAAAACAACAUUGACAAGAAGAUACGAUGAUGUCGUAGUCAUUGAAUAGAUAAAAUAUAUAUCUAUGUAUUAUAAUUUAUUGUGGUAUUUUUGUAGUUCUCAUAUCAGAGGCAAGAGUGCAUACGUAUAUAUUAGAGACGUGUUGGGUAGUCAUUUAAUUAUUUAUUUAAUUAUUAUAAUUAGAAAGAUUGAGGGCGCAAAGAUACUUAAUUAUUCUUAUUUUACCAUGUUUUUUUUCUAUGUAGAUGCAUAUAAGUAUUAGAUAAAUGACAACGCAGUAUUUGUGUUCCCUAAUAUUAUUACUAUUUCCAGUUUCUGACCAUUCCAGUAGUAUCUACAUACAUUCUGCUGCUGUUUCCUUGUUAAUAAAUCGUUAUGCAAUUUACUUGCUCCACCAGGUCAA